AUGUGUAGUGCGCAGGACACUGGCAUGAGCAUGGCGGGCGUGAGGAUGGUGACCCGGAGCCGGAGCCGGGACCCGGGGACCGGGCCGCGGGGGGGUGGGGGCGAGGCGCCGCUCCGGAGGGGAGAGGCAGCUGCAGAAGGAAAGAAAAGCCACAGCCCCGCAAAGCAUCAGCGGAAGACACAGAAACUGAGUGUCACCUACGAAGCCUCAGAUCAUGAGAAAGAAGAAGGCGCCAAACCCCCAGAGGCACCAGGCUGGGAACCCCCAGACUGGCAGCAGCAGCUGGUGAACAUCCGCACCAUGAGGAGUGGGAAGGACGCACCUGUGGACCAGCUGGGGGCUGAGCACUGCUAUGACCCCAGCGCACCCCCAAAGGUGCAGAGGUACCAGGUGCUGCUGUCACUGAUGCUCUCCAGCCAAACCAAAGACCAGGUAACAGCAGGUGCCAUGCAGCGGCUGCGCGCUCGGGGCCUCACAGUGGACAGCAUCCUGCAGACAGAUGACAGCACGCUGGGCACGCUCAUCUACCCCGUAGGCUUCUGGAGGAGCAAGGUCAAGUACAUCAAGCAGACCAGUGCCAUCCUGCAGCAGCGCUAUGGCGGGGACAUCCCAGCUUCUGUGGCAGAGCUGGUGGCACUGCCGGGCGUUGGGCCCAAGAUGGCACACUUGGCCAUGGCCGUGGCCUGGGGUGCCGUGUCUGGCAUCGCGGUGGACACCCACGUGCACAGAAUCGCCAACAGACUGGGGUGGACCAAGACGGCGACCAAGUCCCCGGAGAAGACUCGUGCGGCGCUGGAAGCCUGGCUGCCCCGGGAGCUGUGGAGUGAGAUCAACGGACUGUUGGUGGGCUUCGGCCAGCAGACGUGUCUGCCCGUCCACCCACACUGCCAGGCCUGCCUCAACCGAAGCCUGUGCCCGGCUGCACGCAGCCUCUGCGGGCCAUGAAGCCUUGGCCCGGCCACCGUGCGCUGGCCUACACUGGGGAGCCACAGCCUGCUUAUAAUAAAGCUCGGAAGUUGUUUG